AUGGACAACGCUAAAAGGGAAGCCGCAGAAGUCGCUUUCGAUCUUCGGAGUGAUGUCGUCACAGUACCAACAUCUUCCAUGCUCCAAGCAACUGCGAACGCAACAUAUGGGGACGAUGUUCAUCACGAGGAUGAGACCACUGAGUCCCUUCAGCGUGACAUGGCCGCGAUGACUGGUCAUGAAGCUGGCCUCUUCGUUCUUUCAGGUACAAUGGGUAACAGCUUAGCAUUGAGAUCUCUCCUUUCUCAGGCGCCGUACGCCGUCAUGGUCGACUCGAGUUCCAAUAUGCUGCUAUGGGAAAGUGGACAUCCAGUUGAACCAAGCAACGGGAAGUAUCUAGUCCUGGAAGAUAUCGUGAACAAAGUCAUACUUGACGAUGACAGCGUCACAGCAACCCCAACACGGGUCAUAUGCCUGGAGAAUCCAAUCCACGGCGUUGUGGUGCCGAGAAAAGAGGUUCAGAGGAUCAGCCAAUUCGCUCGAGCACAUGGCAUAAAGCUGCACAUGGACGGUGCCAGGUUGUUCGAUGCGGUGGUUGCAGGUGGUGGAACUCUGUCAGAGUAUGCAACCGAAUGCGAUACGGUCACAAUGUGCUUCUCAAAGGGGCUGGGAGCGCCUGUUGGGAGCAUGCUAGUAGGACGCGAUAGUACAAUUCGACAAGCUCGAAGGCUUCGUCAAAGUAUCGGAGGUGGUAUUCAUCAGAUGGGCGUCUUGUCGUCGAUGGCACGAGUCGGUCUCGACGAGAUCUUCCUCGCCAAAGGACAUGACGGGAAGUCGAAGAUGGCGAAGAAUCACGAGUACGCUCGACGUAUCGCAGAACUCUGGAUUCAGUCAGGUGGAAAGAUCUCGAAGCCGGUUGAAACCUGUAUGGUAUUCCUUGACCUUGAAGCAGCCUCGUUGCCUCGAGGAGAACUUAUCACACUUGCAUCGGAGCACGGCCUCAAGAUCAUGAGCGAGCGAUUGGUUGUCCAUCAUCGUAAGUGUUGUUUUCCAUUGUAA